AUAGGUUGGCAAGUGGCAACAUCGGUACAGUGUGUGAGCCAUCGCCCUGUUAACGGUGUCAUGGCGGUUUGAGUUGUUGAAAUCUUUUUUUUUUGCAAUAACUUCCAAGUUUAUGUGCUUUAUAACGAACUGAAUAUUGAUUACGGUCAAUAAAAUCACGCGACACAAAAUAGAAAAUAAUGCGCGAAUACAAAAUAGUAGUGUUAGGUAGCGGAGGCGUGGGAAAGUCCGCCCUCACAGUACAGUUCGUACAAGGCAUCUUCGUGGAGAAAUACGAUCCCACAAUCGAGGACAGCUAUCGGAAACAAGUGGAGGUCGAUGGGCAACAAUGCAUGCUCGAAAUCCUUGACACGGCGGGAACGGAACAGUUCACGGCGAUGCGGGAUUUGUACAUGAAGAAUGGGCAAGGAUUCGUGUUAGUAUAUUCUAUCACGGCACAAUCGACGUUCAACGACCUGCAGGACCUGCGGGAACAGAUCCUACGAGUGAAGGACAAGGACGACGUGCCAAUGGUGCUGGUGGGCAACAAGUGCGACCUGGAGGCAGAACGAGUCGUGGGCAAGGAGCAGGGACACAACCUCUCACGCCAGUUCCAAUCGUGCGCCUUCAUGGAGACCUCCGCGAAAGCCAAGAUCAACGUGAACGACGUGUUCUAUGACCUAGUACGACAAAUCAACAAGAAAUCUCCUGGCCCGCCGGGGAAGACCACUAAGAAAUCUGUUAAGUGUACUCUCUUGUAAGGCUCGAGUCCCAGGAGCCACCGACGCAACUAGGUAUAAAACAUUUAAUAAUUUGAAAGACUUCUCGAACCUAAAUUUGGCUCUUGUGGUUCCAAAAGUUAACUAAGCUGGGUGGGUCGAGUGUUGUUACUUGGUUGCCUAUAGCAUUUUAAAUGUGCAUUUGUUGAGCUAUAACAUGACCAGUGCUAUAGCGCGAGUGGAUAAUGCACAGAAUAACGCAAAAUUAAUACAAACUCCUAUCCUGUAAAUGUGUAGUUACACUUUUUGAUCUAUGUAAAUUAGGACAAGUAUUCAAAUAGA